AUGCGGCGGUGGCCGUUCCGCAAACGCCACUUGAAAACCAGAAAGCCCGACGCGCGUACACUCGUACGAGAUGAGGCUUACGGUGUGUUUGCACCUCAUUUCUCUCGGUAUGCAUUUAUUGAUGUCAGAAUCUGCGAAACCGGACGUGUACAUACCACUGUUGAAACACCUUCGGAGAUAUUAUUCCGCUUCCGCUGUUGUCCUCGUACAGCCGUGCCCCGAUGGUGAAGUUUUCAAUGAGUUCAAGAUGGAGUACAUGGUGCAGACGUGGGUUCGCAAUCUCGGACGAGAGAACAUCGCCACCCUGACCGUCCCUUUCGCAGAAAUGCAUUCCCUGUCGAAAUACUACAACAGCAUCGUCCGACCGAUAAUCGUGGUCAUGAUAAACGGAAUGGGGACGUUCAACGAGUUGUCGAACAUAACGAGAACCUUCAAUAUGCACGCCUCCGCUUGGCUCAUACUGUUCGCGCCACUUCUUCGACGUCCUCUGCUGGACUAUUGCUACGCACCACCGGGUAAUCCGUUUCACCUGUCGUUCAACACCGAAAUGGCGGUGCUCUGCCCUACAGAAGAUGUUUUGCACGAAUGGUACUCCGUGGAUGGCCGGAGCACAGAGAUUUCCAAGCUGGGUAAAUGGCGUAAAGAUUCUCCCCAGAAUUUGGAAUUAUUCACGAACUUGAGCUUGUACGAGAGGAGGGCUAAUAUGAAGGGCACGGUUUUGCGUGCAGUCACCGUUGAAUCCUCGAUACUACUCGAAAUCAAGGAUAACAAGUUGCACGGAUUUCUGGGCACCAUUAUCAACGAAUUGGAAGCAGCCCUGAACUUCACCGUCAAACUCGUGUCUGUAGAGCCGGAGUACGGGAUUUUCAACACGACAACGAAACGCUGGGGCGGAGCGAUCGGCGUAGUAAUCUCAAAAAUGGCGGACAUCGGUAUAUCCGAUUUUUCUAUGGUCAACGACAGGCCCGAUUACGUGGACUUCACGAUUCCUAUAUUAGCCACUAGGCAAAUGUUAUUUUUAAAGCAACCGGAGAUGUUCGCCGCGAAGUGGCUCGCUUAUUACAAGGCUUUCAGUUUUUCAGUGUGGACUUGUGUGCUUGUAACAGGAAUAAUCGGCAGCGUUGUUACGACGUUUAUAGUAUCCCGGUUAAAGUCGUGCGGCAUGAUGCAAGUGAUGCGCGACGAGUGUUUGCGAGUUUGGGGGAUUCUUUGCCUCCAAGGGUUGACAGAUUUCCCACGGAUUUCGUCGUUGAAGCUAGCAUACGUAAGCUUAUUCUUAUCGUCGUAUGUGGCAAGUUCUGCUUAUUCUGCGUCUCUGAUAUGUUUCCUAACGGCUCGCAUCCGAGACGUGCCGUUCAGGACGGUCGACGAGUUUAUCACGGACGGCACGUUCGAUAUAAUAGCGAUCAAAGGAUCCGCGAACUAUGACAUGAUCAGCCGUUCGACCGAUUCUCUCUCGAUGUCUUUAAUGAAAUUAAUGAAACAGUACGACGACUUGCCACUGGACACGAGUGAAGGAUUUCAAAAAGUAUGCACCGGGAACAAGUUGGCGUUCUUCAUGAGUUACAGCCCCGACAUGAAGGAAGCAGUGCACAGCCUCGCGCCCUGUAACACAUUCAUGAUCCCCGUCGGCCGUGUGGAGAGUUUAGCUAUGAUUCUGACGAAGAACAACCCGUUUACACCUUUCCUGAAUUACCAUCUGCAGAAGUUGUUGUCCUCCGGCGUGCUGAACCGCGAAAAGAACGAGAAAAAGUUCCACGAGGAAACUGAGUUUCUGCCGGUUACAUUCGGCGGCAUAAUAUCUGUGUUCUCUGUGUUCAUCCUGGGCGCCGUGGCCGCGCUGUUAACGCUGUUCGCGGAAAUAUGCUGCGAUAACCGGCCUCGCCGUGGAUAUAAAUGACAGUUAUAAUUAUAUGCUACUGAUCACGGAUAUACAUAAUCAUUAUGGAACAACCUGCAUCGUUAUCGUGCAUUCCGACGGAGGCACCGGUAAGUUAAUUCCCCCUGAAAUUCAUUUGAACC